AUGGAAACGGACCUUUCUGAUUAUGCUUCCUCCCCACCAUCUACGAAAUCAUCUAUCGACGAAGACGAAGUGAAUAGACGCAUACGUCCAUGCUGGCACCGAUAUAGACGUCUGCUAGAAAGCAAGGGGUUCCACUUGGAGACAUUUCGCGACGUGAAGUCAUUCUACGAACACUUUCCGGAUUACCAAAUGCCCGCGGCGCCAGGCCACAUGCAAAUUCACACACGGAUGGACGAAGACGCGCUCUGCCCAGACCCAGGACUUCCCGAUAACCUGUUUCGAGGAUAUCGGACCUGUGACGGGCUGAAGGUCAUGGUUAAGGCAGUUCAUGUGCACAGUCGGGAGUUGGACAUAAUACGUUACCUCUCAACCCCGCCGCGUAGAAAGGAUCCUAUGAACCACUGCAUCCCCGUUCUCGACCUUAUCGAAGUUCGCGACGAUGGCCUAGCGUUCUUGGUGAUGGAACAAUGGUCGUCUCAACUGAUUUCUGUAACGCCCUGCUGCUUGCGGCUAUUCUUGGCUGCCCUGCGGCAAUGCAUUGAACAUGCUGUGUUCAUGCACAAGCACCGCAUUGCACACCUUGACAUCUCCAUUCGAAAUCUCCUCACUGACUACAACGGACAUUACGCGUAUAUUGACUUUGAGUUAAGCCGUCGAUUCAACGGUGAGCCAAAUCCUCGGGUGCAAGGGUAUCGCGGGACCGAGAUACCUCCUGAGGUGGAGCAUGGCGAGCCUUCGGAUCCGUACAAGAUAGAUGUCUGGGCCAUGGGCGUAUUGAUACUGCGUGCGUGCAAGUUGACAGGGUUUUUCAUUCCUCAGAUCAUGGAACUGGUUGAACCUAUGCUAUGCGAGAAACCAGAUACGCGUCCUUCGAUGGAGAAAGUGCUUCGUAUGUUCGACAGCAUCGUACGGUCCCUCGACCCAGCCCAACUGCAGUCAUCUUGUCCUACUCAACGCUAG